GCCUGCGUAGGAUGCGGCAAAGCUAGGUUCUUAGGUUUUCCUUCUUUGCUGAUUACUGCUUGUGUAUAAAGAUCGCCUUUCUCACCAGCUCUCCCUUUCGAACCGCACAGCUCUGAGUGUCAGGCUUCGGCUCUGUGCCGAGGUGCCAACACACUCCUCCCUCCGACGGAUUGCUGACCUCCACGUUCGCGUUCCUGUUUCCUGGAACCAUGUCUGUGGUAAGCCACAAUGCGCGCCAAGGCAGAGCAGAGGCCACUGCAGAUUGCAGCGACAGCCAGGGUGAAAUGCAGGCUACUAUUGCCUCUGGGCCCCCCAACUCCAUGCUAGUCCCCGAGGCUGCCCAGGGCCUUGAGAUUCCAGACGACCCACAGGGUGCCAGCGCUCCCCAGGCUGCGCAGGACCCGAGAGACAUCGAGGUUCUCAUCGACGAGCAGUCCCAACGUUUGGGGGCGCUCAGGGUCCACGACCCUUUAGAAGAGAGGUCGGUUGCUUUAGUGAAUUUCUUGCGAAUGAAAAGUCAAAGUGAGGGGUCUAUCCGACAGUCAGAAAUGUUGGAGUUUCUCAAUGAAUACUCAGUUCAGUUCCCUGAGAUACUCAGACGAGCCUCAGCUUAUCUGGAACGGGUCUUUGGGUUGAAUCUGAGAGUCGUUGAUCCUCAGACCGACACUUACAAUCUAAUCAGCAAACCGGGUCCCCAGACCACUGAACGCCUAGCAGAGACCCUGGACAUGCCAAAAGCAGGUCUUCUGGCCUUGGUCCUAGGCCACAUCCUCUUGAAUGGCAACCGGGCAAGAGAGGCCUCCAUCUGGGACCUGCUGUUAAAGGUAGAAGUGAUAGAUGAAACUCAGAGGAUCAACAACCUCUUUGGGAGCACAAGAAACCUCCUCACUACGGACUUUGUCCAGAUGCGAUUUUUGGAGUACUGGCCAGUAUAUGGCACUAAUCCCCUGGAAUUUGAGUUCCUGUGGGGCUCUAGAGCCCACAGAGAAAUCACGAAGAUGGAAGCCCUGAAGUUUAUAGCAGAGGCCCAUGAUGAAGAACCCUGGAGCUGGCCAGAAGAAUAUAACAAAGCUCUGGAAUCUGAUAAGGCCAAAGAGAGAAGCCAGGCUGCCGGCUUAGAGUUCUGGUCAGAGGACACUAUGAAUGAUAAAGCAAAUGAUGUGGUCCAGUUGGCUAUUAAUGGCACUGAGGAAUUGCUGCCUAUCCAUCAGGAUGAGCUAUUGGCUCACACUGGCAAAGAAUUCGAGGAUGUGUUCCCAAAUAUCCUCAGCCGAGCCACGCUAAUCCUUGAUCUGUUCUAUGGCUUCUCUCUGAUUGAGGUUGAUAACAGUGAUCACAUCUACCUCCUUGUCCCGCAACCAGAAUCAGAAGAAGAGCAAGUAAUGCUAGAGAGCCUGGGCAGACCCACCCACGAAUACAUGAUGCCAAUCCUGGGUUUGAUCUUCCUGAUGGGCAACCGUGUCAAAGAGGCCAAGAUCUGGAACUUACUCCGGAGAUUUAAUGUUGAUGUAGGGAGGAAACAUGCCAUUACCUGUAAGCUAAUGAGGCAACGCUACCUAGAAUGCAGGCCGCUCUCCUACUCUAAUCCAGUUGAAUACGAGCUGCUCUGGGGUCCUCGGGCUCACCUUGAAAUCACCAAAAUGAAAGCCUUGGAAUAUAUGGCUAGGCUCUACAGAAAGCAGCCACAGGACUGGCCAGAGCAAUACAGGGAGGCUGUGGAAGAUGAUGAGGCCAGGGCCAGAUCUGAGGCAACAGCCAUGUUCUUCUUUGGUUCCAUGUGAAGUCUGAUGUUCCACUUUACUGGAGUGGCAUCUGUUAAAAGGGCCUUUGGGAAAUGGAAAAUGGGCACUCGGGUUCUAAAUCGAAAGUUGGGAGGGUUGGGGUAAAGAGUACACCUUGUAUUUAUUAUGUUCCAAUUCUAAUAACAUUUCUUUCCUUCUGGUAUACUCUUUAAUUGUCUUCACAAUCAGUGUUUUUUAAAAUGAAAUUGCUCGUUUUCUCUUCCUAUCUUGUUUCAGUAUAAAAGUUCAGAUAGCCGUGUAAUGUAUUGUAAAAUGUAUUGUGUUACAUAUUUGAAAUAACUAGUAAAAUAAGGUAAAUAA